AUGGCUACAGCCGUCCCUACUCGGGGUUUGGUGCCGAACGCUUCCCUGCCUGCCAAAGUUCAGCCCAUCCCGCCCAACCAGACGCUAUAUGUAACAAAUCUUCCGUCUUCAAAAAUCCAAAAAGCCGAUCUUCGAACUGCCCUUUACCUUCUCUUUUCGACGUACGGGCCAGUUCUAGAUGUCGUUGCUCUGAAAACGAUGUCCAUGCGAGGGCAAGCACAUAUUGUCUACCGGGAUGUACAAACAGCUACUCAAGCUAUGAGGUCCUUGGAGGGUCAAGAAUUCUUGGGCCGGCAGCUUAAAAUCCAAUAUGCCAAGUCGAAGUCGCACUUUGUUUCCAAAUUGGAUGGAACUUUCAAGAUGCCCAGUGCAUCGGGAGCCGCAGUGGUCGAACAAACACAACUUCAGCAAAGCAUUUUCAACGCGCCACCACCGGGAUCCGUUGCUCCUGCGAAACCACCUGCUGCUGUUGACCAGGUCAUGAACGACGCUGGUACGCCAGAAAGUCGCGGCAAAAAGCGAGGACGAGAAGACGAGGAUGAAGGCGAGGAUAGCGAAAGUGACGUGGCAAUGGAGGAGGACAGUGACGACGAAUGA